CGGUCCGGCAACAUUCACGUUCCGUCCACUGCGAGUUUCCCGUUUCGCCAACACGUACACGCACGAAAUCUCGCGAUGAAAGCAACACUGUACUCGGCGUGCGCGUUCGCGCUGAUCGUGUACUGCGCGGCCGUCGAGCCGGAGGCCAAGAAGUCGGACGACAAGACCGCGACGGCCGACAAGGCGCAGGGCAAGAGGAGCCUGUUCGACACGGACUACGGGUACGGCAGCGGUUCCGAGCUGAGCAGCUACGGAGACUUCGGCCACCAGAGCUACGGGUACGAGGACCAUCACGUGCCCACCAAGACCAUCACGAAGAACGUGCCGCAGCCGUACCCCGUCGAGGUGGCCAAACCGUACCCGUACCCGGUCAAGGUGCCCGUGCCCGUCGACAGGCCGUACGCCGUGGACGUGCCAAAACCGUACCCCGUGCACGUCGCCAAACCGUACCCCGUGCACGUGCACGUGCCCCAGCCGUACCCCGUGGUCAAGGAGGUGGCGGUACCGUACAAGGUGCACGUAGACCGCCCGUACCCGGUGCACGUGGACAAACCGUACCCCGUGUACGUGGAGAAGAAGGUGCCGUACCCGGUCGAGAAGCAGGUGCCCGUGCCCGUCAAGGUGCCGGUCGACCGUCCGUACCCGGUGCACGUGCCCGUCGAGAAGAUCGUCCCGUACCCGGUCGAGAAGCCCGUCCACUACCCGGUCAAGGUGCCGGUCGACCGCCCGUACCCGGUGCCCGUGGUGAAGAAGAUCCCGUACCCGGUCGAACAGGUCGUCCCGUACCCCGUGGAGAAGCACGUGCCGUACCCGGUCAAGGUGCCCGUCAAAGUCACCGUGCCCGUGCCGUAUCCGGUCAAGAGUUACCAGCCCGAACACUACGAACACCAGGACUACAGCGCGGACUACCAUCAGGAUUACCAACACGGUAGCAGCUCGUACCAGCAGUGUUACAUUAUCUCGUCCGGGUGGGAGCCGAGAGCUCAGGUGGAAGCGUCGGUCGACUACAAAAGCGACGGGCGCCGACGACCGGACACCAUUCACGUUCGUUUCGCCGGUUCGCUGCCAGUUCUCGACCAUCACCGACGUCCAUACGCACCGAUCGCUAUGAGAGCGACACUGUUUUCGGCGUGCGCGUUCGCGUUGUGCACGUACUGCCUGGCCGCGGAGACCGUAGCCAAGAAAACGGAGGACAAGACCGCGUCCUCGGCCACCGACAAGACCCAAGACAAGAGGAGCUUGUUCGACACUGGCUACGGUUUCGGCGGUUCCGAGUACGCGGGCAGCAGCAGCUACGGACAAGAAGAACUCGGAGCGGGACACUUGAGCUACGGCGAAGGAUACGGAAGCUACGGCGCAGGAUACGGAAGCUACGGCGGCGCGUACCAAGGAUACUCCAGCGAUGCCGGUCACGACGAACAAGCGUACGAGGGCCAUCACGUGCCCACCAAGACCAUCACGAAGAACGUGCCGCAGCCGUACCCCGUCGAGGUGGCCAAACCGUACCCGUACCCCGUCAAGGUGGCCGUGCCGGUCGACAGGCCGUAUGCCGUUGACGUGCCAAAACCGUACCCCGUGCACGUCGCCAAACCGUACCCCGUACACGUACACGUGCCCCAGCCGUACCCCGUGGUCAAGGAGGUGCCGGUGCCGUACAAGGUGCACGUAGACCGUCCGUACCCGGUGCAUGUGGACAAACCGUACCCCGUGUACGUGGAGAAGAAAGUACCGUACCCGGUCGAGAAGGCCGUCCACUACCCCGUCAAGGUGCCGGUCGACCGUCCGUACCCGGUGCACGUGCCCGUCGAGAAGGUCGUGCCUUACCCGGUCGAGAAGCCCGUCCACUACCCCGUCAAGGUGCCGGUCGACCGCCCUUACCCGGUGCCCGUGGUGAAGAAGAUCCCGUACCCCGUCGAACAGGUCGUCCCGUACCCCGUGGAGAAGCACGUGCCGUACCCGGUCAAAGUGCCCGUCAAAGUCACCGUGCCCGUGCCGUACCCGGUCAAGAGUUACCAGCCCGAACACUAUGAACACCAGGAACACCAUGGAGAUUACCAACAAGACUACCACCACGAGAGUAGUGAAUAUUAAGCCAAUACAGUCUUCGGCUAGUCACAGCUAAUUUCCGAUUGUUGUGAUAUUGUAAAAUCUUGUACAUAACACUGUGAAACGGAUAUCAUUUUUAUACUUAGAUUGUAAUUGAAAUAUUGUACGUGUACGCGUACAAAACUUGUUUUUAAACCGACAAGAGAAUAUAUUUCUUCGCGUUUUUGCGAAAAAUAUAUUCAUUUUUUUUAUUAUAAUUAGAUCUCUGUACGUUUAACAGUUGUUUAUCGACUCGUUUGACUGAUACAAUGUACCAUAAUAUUCAUACAAUGCAAACAAUGACAAUAUUAAGAAUUUGCUAAAAUCUUUUGUUUGUAUAUUUAUA